AUGAGACAGCUGGUCAUUGUACUUCUGGCGCUGGUGGCUCCCCACCAGCUGCUCGCCAGUGGCUGCGACACCAAGGGCGUCAUCAUCGAGAAGAGCUUCCUGCAGUCGGUGCACGAUUGCGUGGAGUAUCUGCAGAUCCCGAAGGAGCGCUUGAUGCAGUACCUCUCGAACGAAUUUCCGCCGGACGAUGAGACCAAGUGUCUGGUGUACUGCGUCGGUGUCGACCUAGGCUGGUGGAACAACACCUGCGGGCUGCAGGAGCCGGCCAUCGUGAGCUACUUCCAGCCGGUGCAGGGAGAUAAGCAGUACGAGAGGCGCACGAAAGAAUGUCUGGAUCGCCGGGUGGGUGCCAUCGAGUCCCCAAACAGCUGCUGUCAGGCGUUCGAGACGUUCCAGUGCUACUUCCAGGAGUUCGGAAAUCUGGUCACCUGCCCACAGUACGUCCGGUUGACCAAACUCCAGGCCACCCAGGCCGCCCUGGACUGCUUGGUGAUGCUGCGGUACCCCGAGGAUCUGCUCAAGGUGUACGCUCGUGGCCAGGUGGAGGAUUGUCCGGAGACCCGUUGUCUGUACCAUUGCAUCGACCUGCGUACCGGACUGUACACGCACGAGCACGGCAUCAGUUUGCAAAACUUCUUCAUACGCGAUGCUGCCUUCAACGAUCGCCGCUACCUGAGCAAGGAGACGAAGGCAUGUCGGGAUCGCAUCCGCCAGUCCGGCUGUGACAAGUGCACCGAGGUCUACCAGACGCACCAGGAGUGUCUGUCGGGGUUGGGCGAGAACGGUUACACGUCCGGUCUGAUCACCGAGGCGGCCAAGCUCGCCCUAGCCAACCUUGGCGUGUGCUGCGCCCAACCGCAUGAACAGAAGCCCUGCUAUAAGCCUCAUCCUCCUCCAACGCACGUACCAUGUACCACCCCCUGCCCGGGAUCCUACCACCCGACCAGUCCACCAAACCACGUCUACGUUCCCAAGCCGCAUCCUCCGGUGCCAAAGCACAGCUGCUCGGUGUGCGGCAACCAAGGCUCUUCAGCAUCCCCCUAUCCAUCGCCAGCUGCUGGCGUCGUUCCCUCAGUAGCACUUUCCUAUUCCCAUGUUCGGCCAUCGACCUGCAGUAGCUGUGGCGCCGUCGACCGAAUGUACAACAAACCGGUGGUUCAUGGCUACCGCCGCGGCAGCAGUUGUGGCUGCAAAGCAUGCUCACGGUCGUCUUACUAA